AUGAUAUCUACAUUUUCAUUUGGUCAGUUGGUAACGAUCUAUUCGAUCAUUGUCCUCACAUCGGAAUCUUUCAACUGUCAUGAAUCUUGUGGAAACGCUUUAUUUAGUAAAACAAAGGUAAUUUUUCAAACUGCUACACAUAUAUAUGUAAGUGAUCAGUCAAAUUGCAUUGCAAAUAUUCAGUCUCAUUCUUAUCACUAUUCCCAGUUCAUUCGCCUUAAUCAAUCCCCUCCAAUGAUAAGUGGAACGUUUAAGAAAUCGGUUGUUAGGGAGAAAAUAGAUCUAAAUUUCCCCUUUACAUUUUACGGUGCUGAUGUUCGCACAUUCAAUAAAGAUAGUAAUGGAAGAACUUAUUUUCAAGAAGGAGAAGAUACGAGUUUUGUUUUCAAUCAUAUCACCGACAAUGUUCAGUGUGAAGUUGAGAUAUUGAAUGGGGAGGAAUUUCUCGCUGUCAGAAAAUUAUGUCCUAUAGAAAUUGAUAAUAAAAGUGAUACAUUCAAGGCAAUGUACCUGAUACACUCGAAUGGGAAGAUAUCUUUCUAUUAUGAGAACAUUCCUAGUGGACUAAAGGAAGGCGAUGUUUUAAUGGUUGCCAAAAAAAAAACAUGA